GUACGACACUAGAGCUGCAUGUGAGUCUAUGCAUCUUUAAGGUCUUUGGUUCCAUGGGAUCACUAGUCUGUCCCGGGUCAGCCGCCAUUUUGUUCGUCUCUGGGUCACCCGAGUCACUGACUCAAAAGUAUCCCUGAAGAUAACCAAUGUCGUGCUUGUCUCCCUAGAGGGAUUAGGGUGGAGUAAAAAUUGAGGUUAUGUUUAUUUUCAAAUUGUAUUGAAUUGACAUAAAGUAAAAUUUAUAUAAAAAGUAGCAUAAGAUAUUAGUUUGAACUCAAUGUUAUACUGUGACACUUCUUACUUCUGAGUCCUGGAUACUUUUAGCUCUCAGUCCUGAUUAUUUACUCUUCAGCGUUCACCGUUCAGCUUCACUUGGCACUCGCUCACUUAGGAACCAGACAGUAGAGUUGUAUGCUAAAUCUGUAAUUUCAUUUAAAAAGGUUUAAAUUACCCGAUUUUUUGAUGGCAUCGCAUAGUAACAAGUGUUUAAAAUUUAAUAUUUUAAAGGAAUGUUCCGUAUCAAAAGCAAGAACUAGCUUCAUGGUACUUCCUCAUUACACAGUUACAACUCCUGUUUUUAUGCCGGUUGGAACUCAGGGAACUCUGAAGGGAUUAUUACCUGAGCAACUAGAAGCUCUCGACUGUCACAUAAUCCUUGGAAAUACUUAUCAUUUAGGGACAAGACCGGGGCCGGAAUUGAUUAGAAAAGCAGGUGGUUUACAUAAGUUUAUGGGCUGGAAUCGAGCACUCUUAACUGAUUCGGGAGGUUUCCAAAUGGUUUCGUUGUUGAGUUUAGCAGAAAUAACUGAGGAAGGUGUAAAAUUUGAAUCUCCUUAUGGAGGUUCGCAUUGCAUGUUGUCUCCAGAAAACUCGAUUCACAUACAGAAUGCAAUUGGCGCCGACAUUAUAAUGCAGCUUGAUGAUGUCGUUAAAACCACAACAACUGGUCCCAGGGUUGAGGAAGCUAUGGAACGGACUAUUCGAUGGGUGGACAGGUGUAUAGAAGCCCAUCAGAAUCCAGAAACGCAGAACAUUUUCCCAAUAGUUCAAGGUGGAUUAGAUAAUGAACUGAGAAUAAAAUGUAUCAAGGCUUUAAUGGAGAGAGACGUUAAUGGUUAUGCAGUUGGCGGCCUCAGUGGUGGAGAGGCAAAGAGUAGUUUUUGGCGAAUUGUUAACCUAUGCACGGACUAUUUACCUAAAGAUAAACCUAGAUAUUUGAUGGGCGUUGGCUUUGCUUCAGAUCUAGUUGUUUGUGUGGCCCUUGGAAUAGACAUGUUUGAUUGUGUUUUCCCCACCAGGACUGCGAGAUUUGGGUGUGGUUUAACAGAGAGCGGCCAGAUCAAUCUAAAAAAGCAAACUUACCAAUGUGACUAUCGGCCCAUCGAGGAGCACUGUGACUGCAGCACCUGUCAACGAUACACUCGCGCUUACCUGCACUCUAUUGUCACAGUCGAUACUGUUGCAUGUCAUCUACUCACUGUUCACAAUAUAUCUUUUCAAAUGAGGUUGAUGAAAUCAAUACAGAAAAGUAUUGAGGAAGAUAAAUUUCCAGAAUUCGUUAGAAAUUUCAUGAGAAAAUGUUUUGUGGAAAAAGAAUAUCCUGAGUGGAUUGUAGAAGCUUUAUCAGCUGUUAAUAUACAUUUAGAUUGUAGUUAACAAGACUAAUGUCUCAGAAACAUCACUUGAUAUAUCUAUAAUAAUGUAAUUAUUUCAAUAAUUCUGAUCUACUCAAAAGGAGUCAUUUCUCGCAAAAAAAUAAAAUAAUUUUAAAACUAU